AUGUCCCUAGACAGCGUUCGCUCGGGCGUGGAACGCGACAAACGCAAUGAAUUGCUCGAUGCGAAAACGAAAAAUCGCUCCUAUUGGUUUAUUGGCGCGCCGUGGUGGACCUUUGGGCGUCGUGGUGCUGACUUGGGCGGGUCGCGCAGCAACAUCGAGACAUCGCGGAAGAGGAAGCUGCGGGAGCUCUACGCCGUCACCUCGUGCAUAAACGCAAACAACCCUCCCGCCUUUACUUUCGCCGACCCUCCGGCUGAUGCGCGCGAGCUGCAAUUUCUUGACGAGAACGACCUCUCCAGAGCACGGUACUUUAGGGAAGAUACUCUUCCUAUCUUUGCGCCUGCAAAACAACCCGCGAAGCCACCGCGUCCCUCUCCUACUCAGCCUCCAGUGCUCGCAUCCGUGUCCACGUCGUCCACGUCCGUUGAACCCGUGCCGCAUCAUGCAGACGGCUCCGAAACGCAGCCUGCCGCUGCGACUUUGCCCGCUCGCGCGCCAUCACCCCCUCCUCAGGACGUUGAGAAGCCGCCCACUCCUGCUCCCACCUUGUCGCAACCUCCCGCAGACGACGCCGUGAAGCCUGACUCCGCGCCGCGCUCCGUGGAGGAGGAAGCGCCCGUGCCUUCUGCUGAGACUAAGCAGCCUGCUGCCCCGGCUCCGAAACCGCUACAGGCGCCAGCAAUUCUUCCGCCAUCUCAAACCCAUCCUGGGCCGCUAUCUGCGAAGGCGAGACGAAGAUCAUCUGCUUUGGCCGACGGCUCUACUAUCCUGCCUGAUCCUCGGACAAUUGAUCGUCCCGCCAGGAAACCAAGGACCCUCCAUCUGCCGCCAAAAGAAGUGCAAGAGCAGCGCCUUCGUGAGAUCCAUACUGCCCAGGAGCGUGCUGCGCAACGGGAGAGAAGAGAGGAAGAACAGCAGGCCGCUGGUGCUGUUGGCGAGACAGUCAAUGGAGAAGCUGCCUCAUCGCCAUCGUCAACGCUUGGACCGCAUUCCGCAAAUACCUCGAGGGCUGACCAGCAUUCCCCCGCGACGAGUCCCGAUGAAGAGACUCUGCGGCACGAUGGAACCUUCCCAAGUGCGCAGCCGUCGAGUGCCGACAAGAACGGACCUGCGGCAAUGACGCCGCCAAAUGCUACGCCCGAUGCUCAGCUGCACUUUGAGGAGUCGGUGAGGCAGGUUCGGGAUUCGGCCAUGAAGGACGCAAAGCCUGGUACGCCCAAGCCAAAGGCAGCCGAUCUAAUCGAACAGGCUUCUGGGGUCACCCAGAACUUAGACGUGGCGGUAAACGGGGUCCCCACAAUUCAAAAUUCCUCAACAUCUCGAAAUGCUGUCAACGGCAUCGUCCUAGAAACUUCGAACGAGGUUCGCAACGGCGUCUUUGAUGCAAAAGGCGCAGACAAGACCAAGGCGCGCGCAUUUACCGACGACCAGUCUGCCGAUCUGGAUGUGGCGAUGCGGGACAGGGAACCGCCGAAGACUGAUGAAGCCAGUGCAGGCCCAACUAGGAGCCAGGAUCCAACGGAUGGGAGCUCCUCGGCCGCCAAGGUUGCAGUAGCGUCAGAGGCUGUUUCCGAUCCAAAGGCGACAACAAAAACUACAUCCACGUCGGAGGGAAUCCGGCCGACUUCUAUUCUUCUUCGAGGCCGCGAAGCCGAGUACCGGGACCGGGAAAGAUCUAAAACGACGGGCGUCGUGUUCGCAAAGCAAGACAGUACGUUAGCGCUGAGGGGAGGACAAGAAGUGAACAAGGCAUGGUCCAAACUGAAGGGAGCCGCCCAGAAUCCGGACAAGGAUUACUUGAUUGGGAUGUUCGACUUUCAGGCACACUCGGGGCCGAUGUAUUCUUGUCGUGAACUCCUUGAGAAGGCCACUAAGACCAUUUCUACCCAAAGCAAGUACGCUAGUAUGCGGGAGCAGCAGGACUACAAGAUUCUUAAGCGCAUCUACACUUUGCAACACGCCAACAGAUGGUCGCUACGGCAGAUGGAAAAGUCAACCGAACCUCCGCGCCAAGCUACACUCCACGACAGUCUACUUGCGCAGAUGAAAUGGAUGCGAACGGAUUUCAGGGAGGAACGUAGAUGGAAAAUGGCUGCCGCCCGGAACAUGGCGGAAUGGUGUGCCGAAUGGGUCGAUGCGUCCCCGGAAAAGCGUCGCUCGUUGCAGGUCAAGGCCACGCGAAAGCCGGCCGCACCGCCACCUCCUGCUGACCCAAUGGAUGAGGACAUUCCGUCGCCUCCUGAACUCAUCCCAUCAGGCGCCAACGAGACGGAAAGCGAAUCCUUCCCUGAUGAUGACGAGUUCCCCAUCAAUCUUCGUUCAUCGAACCCACCUGCAACUCUGUUUUCCCUUGGCUACGAAGAAAUUGUUGCUAAGAUUGACCAAACACCCAGCAGCGAGAAGGUGCUUCAGGAGUUGCCUUCUUACGAAGCCAGGCUCUCAAGUUUCCCAUCUCCCUCCGUGUUGGCGCCUGUCUCCAUCGAUCCUGAGAUAAUUCCGGUCUCCCAACUCAUCACCGCAAAGCUCGUGCCCAAAUCUACGGAGCCUCCGCGCAAACGAAGUCGAUACGAGUACGAAGAAGAUGAUGAGUCCGCAGGCUAUUCUUCAAAGCGACCAACUUCAGAGCGUUCGAAUACCUCCACCCCUAGUCUUCGCUUUUCACGAGUAGGUCUCGCCCCGGAACAGACAGAUGUGGCCUUGUUCCUCCCCGAAAACAAACAUGUCCGCGAUCGCUUGCAUGCCGGGCACUCUUUCCGCCCCCCCUCGGAGUUUCCAAUGCCAUCAACACAGUUUUUCGAGUCCCGUAUGCCGUCACAAUGGCUCUGGGACGAGGAUCAACGGUUACGUACGCUUGUCAAAGAAUAUCAGUUCAAUUGGUCAUUGGUGGCUGCGUCUUUAGAGCAGUCUUCUCUGUUCACCUCUGGAGCCGAACGGCGGACGCCUUGGGAAUGCUUCGAACGCUGGGUGCAGCUGGAGGGGCUGCCCGGCGAGAUGGCCAAGACUCCGUACUUCCGAACAUACCAGGCUCGUCUUGAGGCUGCUCAACGCACAGUUUCUGCACAGUACCAGGCUGCCCAGCAACAAGCGCAGCAACAAGGGCAGACCCCGGGGCAGAUACUGGGCACACCAAGGCGCCGCACUGCUCAACCAAUCCGCGUUGAAAGGCGCAAGGGCAACAGAUUCUUAGCCUUGAUCGACGCGAUGCGAAAGCAGGCGAGAAAGCGCGAGACGGCGCAGCACAAGCAGCAAGAGGCUGCCAAAGCCGCUGCGUUGAGAAAAGCCCACGAAGCUGCCCCUGUUCGCACCAGCGUUCACACUCCCCAAGAGUUCAGCAAGCUCAAGUAUGAGCGCGAGCAAAAGAUGAUAGAAAAGCAGGACGAGUACCGUCGGCAAGUGAUGGCAGCACAGAGGCAAGUUAUGGCAAGACCAGGUCAGAUGCCUGGCCACCCUGGAAUGUCUCAGAUGGGCCAACAACGCAACGGUACUCCGAAUGGUGCUCACGCCCAAGUGCCCGGUCAAAACGGCCAGCUUCAUCUCAACAUGGGAAUGCAAGCUCGUCCGCACUCCGGGCAGGGUAUGCAAGGCAGCAUGCCCAAUGGCAACAUGCCUGGUAUGCCGCUGGGCAUCCCUCAAGCUCAGAUGCAGAUGAACAUGCAGGGUCAACGACCACCUCAUCAAGCACAAGACAUGCGAAUGGCGAUGCAGCAGCGAAAUCUCAGUCAACAGCAACAGCAAUAUCUCUUGCAGCAACAAGCUCAGCAAAUGAACCGGGCCAACAGCAUGUCUGGAGGACACUUGGCUAGUGCGAACGGCAACGGCAACGGCAACAGCAGCGGCAACAACAACAACAACAACAACAACAACAACAGCAGCAGCAGCAACAGCAGCAGCAAUAGCAAUAGCAACACCAACAACAACAACAUGCAGAACCCCUCGAUGCUUACGACGAACAUGGGCACUCCCAAAGUCAACGGCGCGAGCAAUGGGAACGUGAACGGCAUGCAAGGCGCCUCAGCGUCUCCGCGCAUAACGGCUCCAAAUUCGGCAGCGCCUCAACAGCCUCAGGCUCUGUCCAGCGGCCACGUCCCGCAGAUCACCAACCUGACGCACGAGAUUCAACUGCAACACCCUAAUCUAUCACAGGCUGAGGCCAGCCGCAUCGCCGGGGACCGAAUGAACCAGAAGCUGCAGCAAAACGCCCGUCAGAAUGCUCUGAACGCCGCAUCGGGUGCAGCGUCCGGAGGAGCAAAUGCCGGGGCGCAAUUGUCGCCAAGUCCAUAUCAGCAGCAUGCGUCCCUCGCCACGACCGGCGGCAGCUCCAGCCCUCCAAACCACACGCCACAGCAACAGGCAGCGUAUCAGCAGCAAAUGCGGCAGCACCUGAUGCAGCAGCAGCAGCAAGCACGCACGCCUUCAGGCCAGCAGGGUAGUCCCAAUUUGGGGACCGUCCGCCCCGAGAGCCGCAGCGCGACGCCUCAGCAGAAUGCGCAGCAGAUGCAGCCUGGCCCGCAUGGUAGCCCAAGCAACCGGACUGGUCCACAGACACCACAACCAGGGCAGCAGGGCCAGGGCCAACAGGGCCAAGGUGGCAGUCGCUAG